UCUCAAUGUAUAUAAACUGGACGAUUGCCCAUGAUCUUCACAUUUCGUCGACUCAAUUUGUGUCUACAACAUGAAGUCGAAAAUUGUCUUCUUCCUCCUAGUGGGCCUCGUCUGUGGACAUCCUGGAACAUCCUAUGACACUCCAGGUUGGGAAAACGACAUAGAAUAUAUCUACAAAGUCAAUGGACGAACAUUAGCUAGGCCAUAUGAGACAUCAGAUCAAUAUUCUGGUAUCUUGAUAACCGCAAACCUCAAAAUCCAACCAAAGUCCGAUGGAAAAUUGCAAGGUUUGAUUUCGGAAUCCAAAUACAGCCACGUUCAUUCAAAAUUACCUCAUGGGUUUAACAGUUUCAUUCCUGACUCUGAACUGGUUUGGAGACCUUUGGAUUUGUCUUCGAAACCUUUCCAGAUUGAAAUGGAAGCAGGAGUCAUUACUGACCUCAUUGUCAGCAAAGACAUGUCAGAGUGGCAAGCCAACAUCUUGAAAGGAAUUGUGAGCCAGUUCCAACUGAAUACCAACGCCAGAAAUCCAUCUUCCGGUUUCCAGCAAAGCUUACCAGACGGCGAGAAAAAUUCUGCUAUUUUUGUAACAAUGGAGGACACCGUUUCUGGAAAAACAUCGACUCUGUAUGAAAUCAGACCAAUACCUAAACACGUGGUUCAGUACAACAAACAAGAGUCCAAAUAUCUGGAUUUCGUAGGUGAUGGUGAAGUUAUUGAAGUUGUUAAACACAAAAACUACAGUGAACACAUGGAACUUCCCUCAUACUUUUAUGGAUUUGGAGGUAUGGAAUUAUUCAGAGAAUCUGCAGGAAAAGCCGCAACAAACAGUAUGGGCCGCUUCAUCACCAGAGAUACCAUAAGCCGCGCCGUACUUACAGGUUCAUUGAGGGAGUACACCGUACGUUCUUCUGUAACUACAAAUAAAGUUUUCGUGAGUCCUAACAUGUACGAAGCACAGAGAGCGUCAGUAAUCAGCGUCAUGAACGUCACCUUUGAAUCUAUGGGAGCUCCGACACAAAAUAUCCCAGAGGUACCUAGACCCGUGAGGCUUGGUAACCUGGUGUACACCUACACCACUCUUUCCCAAACUGAUGGAGUUCACGAAAAACAACCCUACUACAAAUCCAAAGAUUUUGAAUCGGAGUAUUCCGCGAGCAACUUUUUGGCUAGAGACAGACGAGAUGGUGAAGAAUACCAUGAAAAAGACUAUAAAAGCUACAAACUUACGAAACCAAAGUUGAGUGAAGCACCACGAAAUCCCUUCCAGCCCUUCUCAUCGGGAUUCAAAGGAAAGUCUAUUAAAGAAAAAAUAAAUGUAGUAGAGAGUGUGCAAAAGUUGGCUAGGGAAAUCGGCAAUAGCGUUGAGAAUUCAGGAAGUAGCGAAAACGAAAAAGACCUAGAUAAAUACGUGAUGCUGAUCUCCCUGAUAAGGAUAAUGAAUUUCAAUGAAAUUGAAUCUACAACUAGUGCCCUUUAUAGUAAUGCUGAGCAAGGUCCGAAACGAGCCACUUGGAGCAUUUAUAGCGACGCAGUCUCUCAAGCAGGCACUGGACCCGCUCUGCUUUGCAUCAAGCACGCCAUCGAAACCAACAAGCUCAAAGGGGAAGAAGCCAGUUCUGCCAUUUCCACCAUGGCUAACGCCAUUCGUGAACCAACUCUGGAUUACUUGAAGGAUUUCUUCGAGCUCAUCAAAGCACCCCAAGUUCAGUCAGAGUGGCCUUUGAACGACACCGCUCUGUUGAGCUUCACUGACCUCAUUCGUCGGGUAUACUUUGAAGAGCAGUUCUCAGACAAUCAGUACCCUGUGAAGACUUUUGGCAAGUUCAGAAGCAAAGAAGGAGAGAAUUUCGUUGAAGAGGAAGUCAUUCCAUACCUUAGAACUCAUUUGAAUGAAGCAAUUGCUCAGGCUGAAACUCACAAAAUCCAUGCUUUCAUCCGUGCAAUAGGCAACACCGGUCACCCCUACAUUUUAACUAUUUUCGAACCAUACUUGGAAGGUCGCAAACAAAUCUCUCAAUUCCAACGAUUUCUAAUGAUAAUUUCUUUGGAAAAGCUUGUGAUGACUCAUCCAAAACUCGUACUGCCUGUUCUCGUUAAAGUGUACCAGAAUCCCGGGGAAACUCCAGAAGUACGAAUGGCAGCGGUGUAUCAAAUCAUGCGUUGUUCCCCAAAACCAGAAGUUCUCCAAAUGAUGGCUUCGUACACUAACACUGAUCCUCAAGAACGAGUUAAUGCCGCUGUCAAAUCUUCAAUUGAAAGUGCAGCUAGAUUAGAAGGGCCCGAAUUCCAUACUUUGAGCUACGCAGCGCAAACUGCUUUGCCUCUUCUAACUAAAAAAGUGUAUAACCUGCAGUUUGGAGCUAACCAUCUUCGCAGCUAUGUCGACGAGGAGUUGAAAAUGUCAUACAAGCAGAAUGCUCAGAGUUUCGGAAGCGACGACGCAUUAUUGCCAAAAGGUUUCAGAUACACAUUACGAGAAAAUUUGAACGGUAUGAAAACCAGAUUGGGAAAUGUUCAGUCAUUCGUAUCAAGUACCGAAGAGUUACUACAUGUAUUUGCUAAACACUACGCUAACUACGAACGAAAAGAGAAAGAACAGGAGGAACAAUUCCCAGUGCAACAACGGUACCCCUGGUCCAGCGCUUACAUAAACGAUAUUCUGUACCUUAAACCAGCAGAACGUGAACAGCUCGAAGGAACUCUGUUGGCACAAAUUGGUUCUUACUACAGAAUGUUUUCUUUUGACAACUUGACUAUUGCCCGAUUCCCUGAAGCUAUCCGCGAAUUGGAGGAGAAACUGAACAGAGGCAUGCACUUUGACAGGAUCAAUGUGAUGAACGACAGAGAAAUGACCGUUUCCUUCCCAACUGAAAUGGGUGUGCCUUUCAUUUUCACACGUGAUGAACCUAUCAUGAUGAAGGUUCAAGGAAAGAUCUCCGCUGUUUCAACCCCCAAAUUGUACCAAUCAAGCGGAAAAGUUUCCAAACCUGACAGUGUACGUGUGAGUGCAGAUAUGAGUAUCAGUGUUUCGAAAAAGAUUCAGAGCCGUUUGAUAAUUACUACACCUUUCGACAGCCAUCAAUUCAUAUCUGGGUACGACAAACAUUCUCAAGUAUACUUACCUGUUGGUGGUAACCUAGAAAUUGAUAUUAAGAACAUGGAAACUCGAAUGGAACUCGUACCCAAGAAAACUGAAAGUGAAUGCAAUCUCUACCACUACGCGACUUGGCCUUAUACCUCGAAGAGUGAAAUUGUCAACUUGGAACCACUAUCUUCUCAGUCCAAUACAAAAGUCAUCAAACCAGACGAAUAUAUUUACAAUUAUGAGAGCAAAUUCGGAAAGAGAGAGACUGGAAUGGUAUUCAAAGUUGAAAUCCAACACGAAAGAGGCUUCCUGAACAGUGCUUCUCUUUGGCAACUUCUCACUCAAAGAAACUUCAUAUCUGGCAUGUCCAAAUUGUGGAAUGACAACACUAUUCAAUACAGCAGGAUCGCAGUAUCAUACCUUCCAAAAGAAUCCCCCAUUCGCAAAGCUGUUCUCCGUUUGGGAUACAAACAGCAAUACACAUCCGAAAGUGAGCCUGAACUGUACUCAAAAUUCAGUUUGGAUAACUACAGCAAAUCCUCUGACCGUCAACAGAAAAUGAUUGAGAUAGUUUCAGCGGGAAUCGAAAAAGUGAUGGCUCGCUCCAUCGAUGUUUCCGCAGAUUUUCACGGAGAUCACACCAUGAAGUACGUUCUCACCGGAGCUGUUGGUAAAAGUAACAUGGACCCCAAAUCUCGCAUUAUUGUCUCUUACAAGAACAGCUCUGACAGCUUCUCAGCGGGAUCGUAUGAAGUCCAUUUUACUGCUAAGAGCUACAUACCAAAUACCAACGCGCUCAACAUGGAUUAUGCUUUUGAUACUGAACCAGUCGCCGAUACAGAUGUGGAGUUCAGAUUUGGACCAUCCCAAGAACCUUUCUCUAAAAUCGAUGUUCAAUUCAGACUCCGCAGGAGUGAAGAACGUAAACAGUACUUGAAAAAACUUCCAAUGUACAGCCAAUGUAGGAAAGAAAUGAAGAAUGGAAAUUACCAAAUGCCAGUUUGUGUUAAUAUGACGAUGUCUGCUAAUCUUCUGGACAAUAUCACCAUGCACGUUGUGUCCAAAAACUUGAAGCCAGAAUCACAAGAAGCGAUCGUCACAUUGUACGAAGCCAUACGGUUCUACUACCUUCCAAAUCUUAGAAUAUCCAGAAGGCAAUCAUCGCUGAGCCCCCAUGAAGUUAUGAUGAAAGCUCGAUUCCAUCCUGAUUUGAAAUUCGUCAACGUCUCCAUAGAAACCCACACUCAAGAAUCUAACAUCACAAACAUUCCAGUUAGUGAAUUAGCCAGGAAAACAUUCGUUUCUCAUCCAGUAUUCCACCUAAAGUCCCGUUACAUGAGCCACUUUUUCUCCAACGGAUACUUCAGACCAAUGUGUGUUGUUGACAAAAGCAAAGUGGUGACCUUCAGUAACCUAACCUAUCCAGCCAAAAUCUCCAAACAUUGGACUGUGAUGCUCCAGUACGUUCCCAAAGAAUCCCGCCUUGAACCACAACAUACCAUCGAAACACAGCUGAGGUCUCAACUUGAAAACUAUGCUGUUCUUGUUCGUCAGGAUGCUGAUUCGUCCAAGAAAGACUUCAAGAUCACCGUCAGUUCACCGAAAACGAAAUUCAGAGUAGUUGAUAUUGAACUGAGAACCAAAGCUCAACCAAGAGCUUCAGAACCAAGAGUGCGAGUGAUAAUCAAUGGAAAAGAUGUACCAAUAAACGAAAAUGAGAGCUACGACAUGCAUGAGAACUACAUUCAAAUCUAUGCUUUACCAAACAGAGAAGUCAAGGUGGAAAUAUUGAAUGCAUUCUACAUGGUUUACGAUGGCGAACGAGCAAGGCUUUCUAUCACUGACAACAAAUUCAAGGACUCCACUCGGGGACUGUGUGGACAGUUCAACCAGCAGAAAAAUGAAGAUUUCCUCACGUCCGAAAACUGCAUUGCUCGAGAUCCCUCAAAGUUCGUCAAGAGCUUCGAAGCUGAAGGAGAGGAAGGAAAGAAAGUAAGGGACGAAUUCUCGCAGAAAACAAUGCAGUGUGUGGACAGAGAAAUUCCGUCAUAUGUUGACGUAGUAAGCAAUGAUGUGGGUUAUUCGAGUUACUAUUCUAAAUCCUCUAUCCACCACUCUAAAUGCACAGUUUUCCAGACAAGAUACGUUCAACAGAAUGGAGACAUUUGUUUCACGAUCCGCGCUUUGCCAGUUUGCAGCAGUCAUUGCCACGCCACCGGCUACGUCAGCAAAAAUGUACCUGUUCAUUGUGUACACAAGUCACACGUUGCUGAGUUGUGGAAGUCUCAGAUCGACAAAGGAUCCAGCCCUGACUUCUCUAACAAGGAAGAACAUAAGUCAGUCUCUGUGAGAGUUCCCCAAAAUUGUUCACAAUAGAUCGUUAUGUAUAAUGUUAUCCAAUCGAAUAUAUAUACAACAUGUACAAUUUUUAACUUAAGCGCAAUCAAAAAAUGUAAAAAAAAUAAAAAAUAAAUUACUGAUUCAAGUAAUA